UAAUUAAUAAUAAACAUUUUGUUAUUAGUUAAUUAUAAUUGGGUUUAAAUUUACGAUAAAUAUGUUGCAUACUAUCAAGCAGCUUGGAAAUAGAGUGUUGUUACAAACAAAAAGUACAUCGUCACCAUAUUCUAUAGCCGGUUACCGUGAGUUCAAAGUUCUGUCUGUUAAUCAAAAACAAAUACAACUGAAAAAACCAACAACUUUUCACAUACUAAGGCCUAAUCAUUGCCAGCAAAGGUUUGUCGGUGACAGUAACACAUUAACCAGCAGCAAUAUGAAGCGUUUACAAGGUAAAGUAGCUGUAGUUACAGCUUCUACUGAUGGUAUUGGAUUUUCGAUAGCCAAACGUUUGGCACAAGAUGGUGCCAAUGUAGUCAUUAGCAGUCGCAAACAGAAUAAUGUAGAUAAAGCUGUCGAUGAGCUGCUUAAACUUAAUUUACAUGUUAUGGGCUUGAAAUGUCACGUUAGUGAGUCUCAAGACCGUAAACAACUUUUCGAUGAGACCAUACGUAAGUAUGGUAAAAUAAAUAUUUUGGUUUCAAAUGCAGCCACUAAUCCCGCUGUGGGUGGUGUUUUGGAUUGUGAUGAAAAGGUGUGGGACAAGAUUUUCGAUGUUAAUGUUAAAUCCUCAUACUUGCUGGCCAAGGAGGCUUUACCGUAUUUGCGUAAAGAAAAGAAUUCCAGCAUUGUAUUUGUUUCAUCUAUAGCUGGUUAUGAUGCAUUUGAGCUUCUAGGCGCUUAUUCCGUUAGCAAAACUGCCUUAAUUGGUCUUACGAAAGCAGCUGCCAAAGACUUGGCACCUGAAGGAAUUCGUGUUAAUUGUUUGGCUCCUGGUAUCAUCAAAACUAAAUUUUCAAAAACCCUUUACGAAGAUGAAGCAGCAAAUGAGGCUGCCUUAUCUAAAAUACCACUAAACCGUUUGGGUUUGCCAGACGAAAUGGCUGGAGUGGUAUCAUUUUUAGUAUCAGAAGAUGCAAGUUAUAUCACUGGUGAAACUAUCAUAGCCUCAGGUGGAAUGACUGGUCGUUUGUAAGAAAAUGUAAAAUUAAAUUUUCAAUUAUUACCAUUUGUAUGUGUUAUAUAAAUUUAUUAAUAAAAACAUAAUCGGAAAAGAAAUACAAUAUAAUAUUAAAACUAAUGAAAA